AUGGCAGCGCCCAUGCGGUGCAAGUGGAUCUUGGCACUUCUAGGCGGUUUGCUACUGCGGCCUGCGGUGCAGCGCCUCCUCGGGCACCUGUGCACGUGGCUGGUGCUCUGGCUCCGAAGGCACCGCCGCCGGCACAUCCUGUGGCGCCUGUCCUCCGGCCCCUGGACCCGGGAGCUGGCACCGGAGGGGCUGAGCUGGCUUCCCAUCCCCUGCGCCGAGUGCUCGCGCUGGGGCGAACGCUGGCAGCGCCUUCACGCCGCGGUGCAUCACAUUGCCAAACCGGCUGGCUGCCGCGAGAGCGACCGGUGCUGCUCGUCUACUGGACGUGCGAGCCUAGCUCUGCGGCGAGCAGGUCCUGAGUCCACCGCAGACUUCUGGCUGCAUCGCAUUGAGGCGCCGGCGGCAGCGGUGGCCUGGGACUGCCGCAAUCUCGCAGAAGAGGCAGUCUCAAAUGGUUUUGCGCUGGACGACUUUGCCGCCAGUUGUCUCAAGCGGCGGGAUGCCGGAGCGUACGCACACAAGUGGGGCGUCAAGCUGCAGGAGGUGCUCCUCGACCGGACCCAACUCCGCAGUUGCGUCGUGUGCUCCAUCAAGCUCGACGACUUGCUCAGACGCUGCCCAAGCCUCCUGCGUCAAGCCCAGGCUCUGGGACGCCAACUGCGCCACUGCGCGGCCGAGCAUCUGGGCGAGGCCGCGCCCCGACGCUUGGACGCCUGGCUCGGCUUCCCCAUGCAUUACGUGUUGGCCGAGCUGCAGAACAUGCUCUUCGAAUGGCACCUGACCACGGCAAUGCGCUUGCAGACCGGCAUCGCUUUCAAGCAGGAUUACCUU